UGCACAGGAUGUUAUGAAAUCAGCGCUGUUGCUGAAACUUGCAGAAGGUCGCUGGAAGUCCUGUGUCUCUCUCACCCACACACACACACACACAUACAUACACACACAUUCACCUGGCACUUACACACUCCACACACUUGUCCUCGUGCACAGAGCUGAAGCUUGCCACAGUCUUCUCCUCCUCGAGCGAAAAAGCCUGGCGGUGGUUGGACUGGAGCCUGGAGAAAAGAGGCCAGGCCGGCAUUGGUUCAAUUUGACAGCCCAGUCAGUCUGUCAUAAGCUCCGAUUUAGACAGAGGACGGACAGAGAAGAAGAAGGAGAAGAAGAAGAAGAAGAAGGAGAAGAAGAAGAGGAGGAGGAGGAGGAGGAGGAGGAGGAAUAGUGAUGGCACUGACCGACAUUGCAAAGGAUGACCUGGAUGAGAUGAUGCGUGAAGAGGCGGAGGACGUCUUCUAUGAGGACGGGGUGUCGUCCCGGGUCCCAGAGAUCAUGGCAGCAGGUACCCACUCUCCUGGAGGCCCCAACGGCAUAAUCCGGAGCCAGUCCUUCGCCGGCUUCAGCACUUUACAGGAACGACGCUCACGGUGUAACUCAUUCAUGGGGAAUUCAGCGGUACAGAAGAAGCCUCAGUCUAAACCCAAGAAGCCCCACGUGUCCGGCCACAAAGGAGGCAGCAGUUCCCGAGAACCACAGCCCAAAAGACUGGAGGAGGUUUACACCGCACUCAGACAAGGCCUGAAUGAGUAUCUGGAGGUUCAUCAAACAGAGCUGGAUAAACUCACAUCACUCAUGAAGGACAUGAAGAGAAAUUCUCGUUUGGGAGUGCUGUAUGAUCUUGACAAGCAAAUCAAAACAAUUGAGAGAUAUAUGAGACGUCUGGAGUUUCACAUGAGCAAGGUGGAUGAGCUGUAUGAGGCAUUCUGCAUCCAGAGCCGUCUAAGGGAUGGGGCUAGCCGGAUGAAGCAAGCCUUCUCCUCCUCCCCCACCACUAAAGGCACCAAAGAGAGCAUUGCAGAGGUCAACCGCCGCUACAAAGAAUACACUGAGAACAUGAGCACAUUUGAGAGUGAACUGGAGAACCUGCUUGGGGAGUUUCAUAUCAGAAUGAAAGGUUUGGCUGGUUUUGCGAGACUGUGUCCAGGAGAUCAGUAUGAAAUUUUCAUGCGAUAUGGUCGUCAGCGCUGGAAGUUGAAGGGAAGGAUUGAAGUGAAUUCACGACAGAGCUGGGAUGGUGAUGAGAUGGUUUUCAUGCCCCUCAUCACUGACCUCAUCAACAUCAAGGUGACAGAGCUGAAAGGCUUGGCCACUCACAUGCUGGUGGGUAGUGUGAUCUGUGAAACAAAGGAGCUGUUUACGGCUAUGCCUCAGGUAGUGGCAGUAGACGUCAAUGACCUGGGAACCAUCAAACUCAACCUGGAGGUCACCUGGUAUCCCUUCGAUUCAGAGGACCUAACUCUGUCAUCUGGCAACGUGAGCAAAGCCACAGCGCUCCAAAGACGAGUAUCUGUCUACAGCCAGGGCACACCGGAGACCCCCACCUUCCAGGACACCUCCUUCUUUUCUACUUUGCCAGAUGACAUCUUUGAAAAUGGUGGCUGUGGUGUUGCAGAAUGCAAGCGUCUUUCCUUCACUUUCUCUGACACUUCCGGUUCCACUCCAAGCCCCGCCCCCAGCUCCCACUCCCCAGGCCAAUCCAACCCUGAGAUCACUGUCACACCCCCAGAAACAGAUGUAUUACCCUUACAAAUUCUCACCACAAGAGAGGAUUCGAUUGUAGAAGAGCAUUUAGCUGAGGAAGAGGAGGAGGAGGAGGAGGAUGGGGAGACGGGCAGCAGAGGGAGCAGGGUCAGUGGGACGAGUGGGAGCCUGGCCAGCGAUGAAGGGGAGGUGGCAGAGGACUCAGAAUGGGAGCGCACCGAGUCCCAGCGAAACUCAGGCUCCAACUGUGGCUCUGCAGCUCCAUCCAUAUGCUCGGACAGCCACCUGUCCACAGUGGCACCGGAGGACGUCUUCCUGGACCACACAGAUGAGCUGAAGCCUGUGGAACUGGACACGGAGGAGGCAGGCAGCCUGACCAGGCAGCUCGUCAAGAGGCUGACCUCUUCAGAAAUUGAGCCACCGAGAGGGAUCUCCACAGAGGGCGGAGGAAACCUGAGCUGGGCAGGGGAGGGCAGCAGGGCUUUCCUGGAGAGCAGCCUGGAGGAGGCCAUCCACAGCCUGCUCAUGAGGCUGGAGGCUCUGACUCACCGCUGCCACGAGCUGCAGGACCUGGAGCAGGAAGUGAUGCGCCUGGAGGACAUACUGAAGUGUCGACUCCCUGGCCACAGAAGCCGGUCUUCCAGUCUCAGUCUGACAGUAGAGAGUGCCCUGGAGAGUUUUGACUUCCUUAACACCUCUGACUUUGAUGAUGAGGAUACUGGAGACGACAAUGCUGUCCUCAACAUUCCCCCUCAGAGGUCUCCGCUUUUUGAUGCUGAUGCAGAAAGGAUGGGGGCCCAGCAUCCAGAAGCCAGGGGACACCUAAGUGAAGCCCUGACAGAGGACACCGGUGUGGGCAACAGCGUGGCAGGAAGCCCCCUACCGCUUACGACUGGAAAUGAGAACCUGGAUGUGGCAAUCGUCAUCCACCUCCAGUACUGUAAUCACCUCAUUCAGCUGCUGACCAGUGGGGUGGGGGUGUGGCAGCGUCGCAGUCUCCUCCUCAAACUGUCCAGGCAGACCCAGCUGUUAGAAGACCUUGCAGAGCUCAGUAUGGAUCAACUGGCACCAAUCACAUGUGCUGCUGAUGUUCUCCCAGGCCUUGCAGAACGCCCGUGGCUGAUAACUCUGUGGUCAGACUGUAGCGGCUCUGGAGGACUGUUCCACACCACACUGGACAGAGUGUUCAAAUUCAUGGACCAGCACUUCACAGCAGCGCUGCAGGAGAGACACCCAUACAGCGCAGACAGAGUGAUCGGUGUGGUAGUGGGAGAGAUGGUGGAUCGGACUGACCUGGUGGCACUGUGUAGUCCUCCUGUGGCUGCACUGUCUCAUGAUGUCCUGACCGUGUUCCAGUUCCACAGCUACGUCGUACAACAUGAAGUCCAGGACAUGCAGACUCACCUGCUGGAUCUGGCCAGAGAGGCGGUGUUUGCAGAGGUUUUGUGCAGUGGGGAUCACGCUCGCUGUGUGGCAGAGCUGCAGGAGGUUCCUGCAUCGUCACUUUGGCCCAGAAACAGCACCCUCAGAUCCCUGGCCUCCCUGCUGACCACUGAGGACCCGCAGGUGAACAAGGCUGCAGCCGACUACCUCUGUUCUGCAGCGUCACACAGUCACUUCAGGAGCAGAGCAGUGGAAUGCUACACUCAGGCGCUGUCAGAGGCCGGAGUUCAAAGCCAGAGGGCCGCAUGUUCUGCUCUCAGCUGUCUGCAGGCUGUCGAGAGCAUUAGAGCAGUGGUAGCACUCUGUGAUUCAGCUGAUGAGGAGCUUCGCCAUGUUGCCAUAGAAACCUUGCUCACAUUUGGUGAGGAGGGUCGGCUGGCGUACGAGCAGUUGGACACAUUGCCGGGGGAAAUGCUACGUCUGGGUACGCGACGGAGUAACGCCGUCACCACUGCAUUUUGAGCCACCGUGCCACCAAAAACAUCCUGUCGACUUAGCGUCCCGGCUGGAAGCGCAGAGGACACCACUGCUGGUCAGCCUGCCAAUGAGGGACUGAUGGAACUCAUUCUACUAAGUGUCACAGCUACACUCUGCUGUUGUCGCUGAUACUGCCUAACCACACCUACACACUCUCCUCAUCCCCCCUUGCCCCCCCCCCCCCUCCUUGCUUUCUGAGCCAGGCACACCAAUCAUAUCCAGUUUCUACUGAGAGCACAAACCUGACUGGACACAAAGCUGCUCCAAAGAGUGCACAGACUAGAAUUUAAGCAAUGGAUCUCCACUUUUUCAUAAAACAUGCUACACUGCACACAAUACUCUUAUUGGUUACUCACUAAUUAAUUAUCAUGUUGUGAGAGUCAGAUGCACAAUAUACUAAUUAUGAUCUUUGUAUAAUCACUGUUUUUCAUGUUUUUGUUUAUGGUUUUGCAUCCAAGUGUAUUUUUUUCCAGCGCUUUUCAGGAAAUGUGUACUGUCACUUGGCUUGUAAAUAUGGUAUAUUUGACACUGCAGCUGGUGUAACGUAUGUGGUUGUAUUUAAAAUGUUAUGUUUCACGUCCGUUUUCUAGUACGGUAUGUUUUGCGUUUUCAGGGAUUCUUUUAUGGUUGAAAGGUGUAUGUUUUAUGGAAGGGUGGACCAUUAAUAUGUGGAGAGUGGCUUCAAAGAGGAUGCCGUCAUGUGAGCGUGGGGUUAAAGAGCCCUAGUUCAGUAACAGCCGUUUACAGUUUUUAACAGUGUAGAGGCAGAACAGUCAGCACUGUGCCCAGGCUACACUCCUCAGCAGGUUGUCUGGAUUUCAUGCUUGCAGUUUAAAAAGUGCAAUUGUUCCUGUACAUAUGUGUAUUAUUAUUUUUGCAUUUAGUUAAUAUGAGAAUAUGCUCAACAAAGCUUUGAUGUGGCCAGGCAGUGUUUCCACAAAUCCACUCUAUUCACUUUGUAUUGCUUGAGGCAGAGCCAGUCAAGGGCAAUAAAUAUGGCACCAGAGGAGAGAAUGCAUUUUGUCCACAAUAUAUCAUGUGGAGGUAACUGCAUUCAUAGAGUCUGUGAACUAAAAACAGAACAGGGAAAAAGUAAGAGUUCAUUAUGAGGCUGCAGAACAGACUGGUUGCACAGGGGCCGUUUGCAUGGAACAAUGCUCAGGGUAUGAGGCAAAAUUUUACUGGCUCAGAUGAUUACAGUUUUACUGUUUUGAGUUGGAUUAAAUGCAGGGAAUCAGACAAAUGGCUAUCAUUUUGCAACACAUUUGAUAAACUGUUCACUUCCAUUAGAAAACAGCCCAUUUGGUUCAGGCCCCUCUAUAGCUAAUGGCACCAUUUUGAUAAUAUCAGACUGUUAAAAUUACGUCACACACUUGAGGUUUUUUUUUCCAACUUCUAAUUUUUUUGGCCUACAAAUGUUUGUUGUUAGCUUAGAAUAAAUUUACACUUUUCCUGUUGUAUUAUGUUGUAGUAUCUAUUGGAAGUUUUAGUUUGCUUGAUAUCAAGCUAAUGAUAGCGAUUGUGAAAUGGAAGCUAAAGGUUAUUAGUAUCAAAAUUUUUACUUUAUUUUGAAAUAUUUCCCUCCAGAUUUUCUGUAAACAUUUUUUUCAGUUGCUGAAAAAACAAGAGGCUGUGAAAUAAUGUCAUACUUUCUGCAUUAACAGUCAAAGUAUUUUAUGUUUUUGAUCAAAGUAUUUGAGGUAACCGCCCUGAGCAUGAUGUCAGAGGAAAGCGGCCACCGGAUGAAUAUGGUCCAUGAAGUCCAGUUUGGGUCUGAAUUGUUAAAUAUAAUGUGGGGGAAAAAAGUGACCGGAGUUAAGAUGUCAAUUUAAUUUCAACCUCACUUAUUGUAACUGUACUACUGAGUCUGGUGCACAAUGACAAGUAUCACACAUGUUCAUUUUAUUUAUUAUUUACUCCUUGUAAUUCUAACAUUCUUUGACGUUAUCCUGUAAAAUGUAAUAGUGGCAUUGACAUGUAAAUGAUUUGUAUAUUUGUUUUAUUUUGGCUCUGCUCUAGUAUUUGAAAUAUUGUUUAUUCUUUAAAAAAAAAAAAGGCUUCGUUGUUACCAUGCAACUGACUGCAUGCUUAACUUUAAAAACUGGAUUUUAUUUUGAAUGAGUUAUAUUGGAGUAAUAAUCAUUUUGAAGAGUAUUAAUUUUAUAACAGUAUAGAUUUCUUUCCCUAAAAAGCCCCAAAUGCCAUGGGAUGAUAUAUAUUUGAGAAGUUGCUUUAUUACUUAGAUAUGUACUGUAACCAAAGGAGAAUAAUUUUAAAUUUGUCUUAUCUCAUAAUUCAUCUAGGACAAUGCAUUUUCAAUUCAACAUUUCCACUUGGAAUCUAACCUUUGGAAGCACAACUUAAAUAUUGAAACAAACUACAAUCUAUGAAACAUGUUACAUUUGGUUCUAACUGCACAGUCCGAAAGCCAUACUGAUUGGGGGAAAAAAAACAAAAACAAAUCUGAAUAUUUUUAUGAAAUAUAUUUUUGUUUCAUUUGUAUUAUCUGUAAGUGUGUGGAGCAGUUACUAAAAACUACAGAUGGAAUUAAGGGCCCCCCCAUUCAGCCUUUUGCAAAACAUUGUACAUUUUAAGACGAAUAACAUUACAGCACUCUGGAAUAGUACCUAACCCAGAUAGACGGGACUAUUUUUCCACCCCUUUUUCUUUUCAGUUAGUCAUUUUCUUUUCACAUUUGGAAUGUUGACCAGCGUUAUUUUUUUAUAGUCAAUUUCUAGUCUCCACAAAGUACAACAUGGCAAAAUACACAUCUAUAUUUGAAAAUAGAUUAAGUUGGAGGUAUUUUCUAAAGUUGAAUUUUAUUCAUAUUUUCUGUGGUCAACAGCCUCAGUACUGAUCCAUUUAGUUGCAUAAUUUGUCUUCAGUGUGAUUAGCAUCGUGUCAUCUGCUUAUGAAACAUUGCAAUAAAGUUUAUUUUUGCAUAACGA